ACUCACUGGAUACUAGCUAGUGCCCUGGGUCGCAAGAGAUUAGCUCAGAGACUCCGCAGUGACCAUGCUGCUCGAGCAAUUCGACCUCCUGCGCAAUCAAAGUCCGCAGAAACGACUCGACGCGACACUCAAGAUCUUCGAGCACCUCAAGCUCGACACCAUCCCAGCGGCGCCUGUCAGCAACCUCGAGACGCUAAAGGAGCAUUAUGGAGAUGAUGUGCAUUAUGCAUACACAAGGCUGUCUCGUGGACUGGCAUCCAACAGGGAAGCAGCGAGACUAGGCUUCUCUGCAUGCUUAUCCGAACUGCUACGAGCCUUGCCUCUCAUCGAUCUCUCCUUCGUCCUUGCAUCCAUCGAACGCUCUACAACACCCGUUGGCAACGUCAAGGGCCAGGAAACGCGAGACUACCAGUUUGGUCGUUUAUUCGGACUCCAAGCGAUCGUCACAUCCGGUAUGCUUGUGCGCAAGGAGACAUCGAAGGAGCAGAUCCGUGAUCUGGUAGGGAUGCUAUUUGAACUAAGUCUGAGCAAAGGCUGGCUUCGUGAGAGUUGUGCCUCUGUCAUCAUCCAAGUAUUGGACAUGAUGGAUGCUACUGCUGCGAAUCAAGGCAAGGCUCAAGGGAAACUAUCAAAGUCACUUGCAAAAUUGCCGCGAAAGACUGCAGAGAUGGUUCAUGAAAUGCUGGAAAGUAGUCAUAUGGAGAAGACCAUGGAAGGACUCGCUCUUCACUUGACGUGCACCAGAUUGGGCUCCAAGAAGGCUUUGGGUGGUACAUGGAAGAACGACAACUUGCUGGCUUCCGAAAAUCUGCCGGCCAUUGCAAGUAUCAUGCUCGAGCAGAGCGUCACAGAUAAAGCCGAUGCUGCUGAAGAAACAGAUGAUGUAAAAGCAACAGGUACGUGGAAACCCAAGCUACACUUUGCAUGGGUCGUUCUCCUCAAAGCAAUCAUUCGCGCCGAUGCUUCUGCAGAAACUGAGACCAUCACCCUUGCUCGAUUUUGGAGGCAAUUGGUAGAUGAAGCCAUGUUCUCUCAAAGUGCCUCGCAUGAACGCAAAUUUCACGGCCUCCAAUUGUUGCCUACGGCACUGGCAAUGGUCCCAUCAGGACAAGUCAGUGAUCUCUUUAGCGCAAACCUGCUCAGAACGCUUAUCAACCAAAUGGGACAAGAAGACCGAUACCUCCACAAAGCAGCCAAGAGCACACUACAGCAGAUUGUUGCCAUUUGCGAAGCACAGCCAAGUAAGGCGAUGUCAGUCGUUAGGCAGCUCAUGGACACAAAUCAAGGGACAAUCAUGUUCGAUCGACUAUCAAAGACCAAGACGUGCGAACAAAUCAUGCUCGCUGUUCCUCAGGAUGAAUUUGAGAAUUUGACUACUUUCCUGCUUGAGCUCAGCCGAAAGCCUUCCCUCGACGGUACUGAAACCAAGGAUGCUGAUCGAGCAAGACAAUACCUGGCCGAUAUCUUGAUCACGCUCCUCAAGUCACCUAAAACAGUCAAGACUGAUUCAUGGGUGCUGCCCAUCUUACGCUUCUUCAUUAGUGGUGGCCUAUUUGAUGCCUCGUCAAGCAAGAAAGUACUCUAUCUUUUCGAACCGGCAUUGUCAUCAGCUAUACAAGAUACGUACAAAGCUCGCAUUAGCAUUGCGCUUGGCCAUCUUCUUCCCGGUAAGCUCAACACCGAGGAUUCAAAAGAAUUGUACGCCGUGCAAGCAAUCCACGAAAUUUCCACACUCGUUGCGAAUAAGCACUACACACUACGACUUGCGCCAGAUGAGCAGAUCCUCAGUCUUCUUCAAACUGCGCUGCAACAUUUGAAUGAAACCACAAAGGCGUAUAAACAGGCUCAAUCACCUGGUGAACAAGCACAAGGUCUGGCCUUUUCAUUGCUCUACAGUCUCUCCAUCCUACACAUCUAUCUUGGCGAACCAGAUGGCGUUGAAUUGCUUGAAGACCUCGAAGCUUCCUAUGCACCACUCAAUACCCUUUCAGCCGGUAACAAGUCACAGUCGCCUGCAUUACAAACACUGGUUGAUUUAUUGCUUGCCUUGCUGAGUAAAGAAUCUGCCAUGCUUCGGAAAUUGGUGGAGACUGUAUUUAGUGCGUUUGCCAGAGAGAUGCAGGCUGAGGAUCUUCGACUACUAUUGAAUGUGCUUGAGGCGCAAGAAACUGGCGAGGGCUUGUUUGAUAAGGAUGAGGAAGAGCAAGAUGAUGACGAUGAAGAGGGUGAUGAUGAUGAAGACGACGAGAUGGAAGAUGAGGAGGAUGCAGCAGAAUCUGAGUCUGAGGAGGAGGAAGAACAAGAUGACAACGAGCAGACAGAAGCAGAUCGCGAACUGGAUGCUGCCUUGAUUGCAGCACUUGGACCAGCAGCGCAACAAAAGCGGAAAGCAGAAGCAAUAGAGGACGAAGAUGAUUCUUCAAAUGAAGAAUUGAUGGACGACGAUGCCAUGCUCAAAAUGGACGCGCACCUAGAAAAUAUCUUCAAACGACGCAAGAGUGCAACCAGUGCACAAGCAGCGAAACGACAAGAUGCCAAGCAAUUCAAGCAAUCCACUAUUCAGCUCAAGUCGAAAGUAUUGGAUCUACUCGAAAUUUUCAUCCGCGAGAAUGGUAGUGGUGUCCUUGUCAUGUUGUGCGUCCUGCCGAUCCUCAAUGCGGCCAAGAGCACAAGCGACGUAGCGCUCGCUGACAAGGCGCGCAAUUUGGUCAAGCAAAAAUUGACAAAGCUCAAGACCUUGCCACAACUCGACGAACAAGGCAUAUCGGAAGCUUGGACGACUUUACAAGAAGUGCAUCGACUCGCUGGGUUGUCUCCUACACCACCGUUCGCAGCCAUGGCAUCGCAGUGUUCCACUUUGCUCGCAAAAGUGCUUCUCCAUUCGGCCCCAAAUAAUGCCAAGGCAACCAUGCGUCUGCUGAUUGACCAGUAUGCCUCUAGUCAAGCACAAUGGAUGAGCAAGAAGCGUUCAGCAUACGGUGCCGCGUUCUUCACCGACUUUACGAAUUGGUGCGCACAAUAUCGUCAAAAAUAGCAUAUCAGCAUAGUCAAUGUUCAAGAAUGAUCCAUGGCCUCUUCCUUGACUGCCACAGGUGCUCUUUGUCCACCGCACAGGGCUGUACGCAGUUUCGCAUCCAUCUCUGCCAUCUUCUCAGGCGUCUCGGGGAAGCUUGACAUGGCGACGCGAUCGGGCAAAAUUUCAAUCACAUUACCGUUCUUGCCAUGUUUGAGUGUUCUGUCUAAAGUUCCGAGGAUAGUAGACAUUUCCACAAAACCAAGUGUCUCGCCAAUCACUUUUGUGAACAGAUCCUCGCCACUUCCUCCGUCGUCCGUGCGAAUUGGGGGUGUUGAACUACGCUCCGGA